AUGACAGCCAACUUCACAAACGUUCCCGUCCUCGACUAUGCUCUGCUCUCGUCGCCUACGUCCCGGCCUGAUUUUAUCGCUCAGCUCCGGAAUGCUUUGAUCAAUGUCGGCUUCCUCUACCUCUCCCAUCCUCCGGUCUCGCAAAGCGACAUCGAUGCACUUGUCGCAUACAUUCCAGGUCUCUUUGCUCUUCCCCAGGAAAGCAAGGAUGCGAUCCAGAUGGCCAACUCCCCACAUUUCCUCGGCUAUUCGCGCUUGGGUGUAGAGAGGACCAAGCGCGCGUUGGAUCAGAGAGAGCAAUUCGACUUCGCGACUCCACAUAUCAACAAGUGGACAGAGGGAGAGCCAGAGUACCUGAAACUUUGGGGACCGUCGCAGUGGCCUAAGGAGGCGGAACUACCAGGGUUUAAAGAAACUGUACUGCGAUAUCUUGAUCAAGUGCAGAAACUCAGCUUCGAGUUCAUUAGCCUCAUCGCCGAAGCGCUUGGUCUACAGCCCGAUGGACUUGCCCGGUUUUAUGACACAGAUGAGUUCAUGCAGCAUCGUUCUAAGAUUGUCAAAUAUCCUUCUCAAGACGAGGUCUCCUCUGAUCAGGGCGUUGGCCCUCACUUCGACGCGGGCUUCCUUACAUUUCUCUUUCAAGCUUCUUCUCAUCCCGGCCUUCAAGUCCAAAACCUUGCCGGCCAAUGGAUCGACGUGCCCCCUAUUCCUUACACUUUUGUCAUAAACAUCGGCAAGGCUCUGGAGACUGCUACAAAAGGUCUGACUCGCGCAACAUCGCACCGAGUGCUGUCACCUGCCAAAGGCUCUACACCUCGAUAUUCCAUCCCUUUCUUCCAGAACAUCGGACAGAGAUUCAAACUCAGCGAGUCAGCGUUGCAAUUCCCACCGGAGAUAUUGAAGUUGAAAGAAGAACGGGGUGAGCCAGCGACGAGCGACUCCGUGAACUUCUCAGAAUAUGAUCGCGAACCCUCUGGCUUCGUCGCCCUCAUUGGGCGAAUCAAAAGCCAUCCGGAUGUUGCGCAGCGUCACUAUCCGGAUUUGUUCAAGCAGUUUUUCCCGGAAGGUUUGCCGGCCCAUGGAGAGGCAUACUGA